AUGGAUAGCGUUGCGACGUCAAAACCGUUCAAAUUUCUAGUAGGAGCUGAUAAAACAGAAUACACCAUUCACUCAGCUCUUGUUGCCCACCAGUCAACGGUUCUUUCUGCGCUGGUAAAUGGAUCAUUUCGAGAAUCGUCAGAAUGCUCCGUCACAUGGGACGAUGUAGACGAGGUAGUCUUCAACAGCUUCUGGCAAUUCGUCUACACGGGCGAUUACGACACUCCAGAACCGCUUCCACCUACCGAGGAGGCUCCCAAGCCUCUCGGGUUUGCGUCUGUAGAUGCACCACCUCCAUCAGCAAUAAAAAUUAAGAAGAAGAAGAAGAGGGGGAGUUCUCGGAGAAUAUCACUAUGGCUGGACUUUGUCUCUUCUUGGGAUUAUCCUCCCGAGCCUUUUGACGUCGACGUGGCACUGAAAGAUCAUGCAAACCCCUUGAUGCAUCAUGCUAAGGUCUAUACAUUGGCCGACCGUUACGCCAUUACAAGACUCACAGGCCUUUCUCGCCUAAACCUUCACCAAGAAUUAAUAGAUCUUGCUGGAAAGGGGGAGGACUAUAACAAUGUGGUUGAGCUGGUGCGCUACACCUUCGAAGAACUGGUGCCGGAUCAACUACGAGACUUGGUUGUACACUUUAGUGCUUGCGUCGUCGAACAUCUAUGGAAGAUUGAGGAAUUCCAAGAGCUUUUAGGGGAAUAUGGCAUUUUGUCGAAAGCUCUUGUAGGCACCAUGUUGCUUAGACUUGACGAGAAUGUGACUCCUUGCCCGUCAUAG